GUGUCAUCCUACUGUCUUCUGUCACCCCUUCCCCAGAGCCAAUGGGGCUCUGCCUACAAGUCAUAAAGAAUGGCUGAUGUCACUGAGUCAUCAGGCCAAACUGAGCGUGCAUGGCCAGGCGUUGAGCACAAGGGCUGAGCUGACCCGCUAGGCUCUGAGUGAAUCUGCUCCUGCUCCAUCUCUGUAGUUCACUGAGGAACUUCUCCACUGGACUUUUAUCGUCUUCUUCAGGCUCCUCAAGCCCAGCAUGCAGCAAUGACUCAGGAUGCAGCCAGCAGCCACAACGUGCACAGAGGACCGCAUCCAGCAUGCCCUGGAGCGAUGCUUGCAUGGACUGAGCCUCGGACGCCGUUCUGCACCCUGGUCAGCUGGGCUGUGUCUGAACUGCUGGAGCCUACAGGAGCUGGUCAGCAGGGACCCAGGCCACUUCCUCAUCCUCCUGGAACAGAUCCUACAGAAGACCCGAGAGGUCCAAGAGAAAGGCACCUACGACCUCCUCGUCCCACUGGCUCUGUUGUUCUAUUCCACUGUCCUUUGUACCCCACACUUCCCACCGGAUUCAGACCUCCUUCUGCAGGCAGCCAGCACCUACCACUGCUUCCUGACCUGGCCAGUCCCCUACUGCAGCAUCUGCCAAGAGCUGCUCACCUUCAUCGAUGCUGAGCUCAAGGCCCCAGGGAUCUCCUACCAGCGGCUAGUGAGAGCCGAGCAGGGCCUGCCCAUCAGGAGCCACCGAAGUUCUACCGUCACUGUGCUGUUGCUGAACCCGGUUGAGGUACAGGCUGAAUUGCUCGCUGUGGCAGACAAGCUGAGUGCACCUGGACAGUCACCACGUGGCACCUACAUCACCCUGCUCCUGCAUGCUUUCCAGGCCACGUUUGGGGCCCACUGUGACCUUCCUAGCCUGCACCACAAACUGCAGUCCAAGAUGCUAGAAGAGCUUGAAGACAUCUUCACUGAAACUACGGAAGCCCAGGAGCUGGCAUCAGGCAUUAGGGAUGCAGCAGAGGCCCGACAGUGGCUCCGGACCAAGCUGAAGGCAGUGGGAGAAAAAGCUGGCUUCCCUGGCAUCUUAGACACUGCAAACCCUGGAAAACUCCACACGAUCCCCAUCCCUGUGGCCAGAUGCUACACCUACAGCUGGAACCAGGACAGCUUUGACAUCCUACAGGAAGUCCUUCUCAAGGAACAGGAACUGCUGCAGCCAGGGGUCCUGGGAGAUGAGGAAGAGGAGGAAGAGGAGGACUUGGAGAUGGACAGGGAUUGUGCUGAAAGGGACUCGCUACUGUCCACCAGCUCUCUGGUGUCUCAUGACUCCACUCUGUUGCUCACCUCCUCUCAGGCCUCAGGGCCAGUGCUGUCCCGCCAGGUCCUGACCACCUUUGUCUCAGGCCUCUCGGAUGGCGUGGACAGUGGCUAUGUGGAGGACACUGAGGAAAGUUCCUCAGAGUGCCCCAAGAAGACUGGUAACCAGCAUCGCCAGGGUCCCCGCAGGCCUGGCCGUAAGUUCAACAGGAUCUAUAAACUCCUGAAGAGCACCAGCCAGCUGGUCCUGCGGAGGGACUCUCGGAGCCUGGAGGGCAGCUCAGAUGCAACCCUGCCCCUGCGGCGGGCAGGAAGCCUCUGCAACCCCUUGGACUGUCCAACCCAGUUCCCCUCCAGGGCUCAGCGCUCCCGCUCUCUACCCCAGCCCAAGCUCAGCACCCAACUACCCAGCUGGCUUCUGGCCCCACCCUCACGCCACCAGCGCCGCCGCCCCUUCCUCAGUGGGGAUGAGGACCCCAAGGCUUCCACACUACGGGUUGUAGUCUUUGGCUCUGAUCGAAUUUCAGGGAAGGUGGCUCGGGCAUACAGCAAGCUCAGGAGGCUGGAGAACAGUCACCCGCUCCUCACACGGUUCUUCAAGCUUCAGUUCUUCUAUGUACCUGUGAAGCGAAGCCACGGAACCAGCUCUGGUACCUGCCCAUCCUCUCUGAGCCAGACAUCUCCACUCCCUGCAGACUCCUUGAGGCACCCCAGCCCUGCAGAGCUUGGCAUGGCCCCGUGGGAGGACAGUACUAAUGACAUCUCUCACUACCUCGGUGUGCUUGACCCCUGGUAUGAACGCAAUGUCUUGGGCCUCAUGUACCUCCCGCCUGAAGUCCUUUGUCAGCAAUCCCUGAAGACAGAAUCUCAGCCCCUGGAGGGCUCUGCCACUCAGCUGCCCAUCCUGGCCGACAUGUUGCUCUACUACUGCCGAUUUGCAGCCCGCCCAGUGUUACUGCAAGUCUAUCAGACAGAGCUGACAUUCGUCACUGGACAGAAAACUACAGAGAUCUUCAUUCAGUCUCUGGAGCUGGGUCACUCUGCGGCCACCCGUGCUAUCAAGGCUUCAGGUCCGGGCAGCAAGCGUCUGGGCAUUGAUGAUGACCGGGAAGCCGUUCCUCUAACACUACAGAUUAUCUACAGCAAGGGGGCCAUCAGCGGUCGCAGCCGCUGGAGCAACCUAGAGAAGGUCUGCACCUCUGUUAACCUCAACAAGGCCUGCAGGAAGUCGGAGGAGCUAGACUCCAGCAUGGAGGCGCUGACACUGACCCUGACCGAAGUGUUGAAAAGGCAGAACCCCAAAUCCAAAAAGGGCUUUAACCAGAUCAGUACAUCCCACAUCAAAGUGGACAAGGUGCAGAUCAUCGGCUCCAGCAGCUGCCCCUUUGCGGUAUGUCUGGACCAGGAUGAGAGGAAGGUCCUACAAAGUGUGGUCAGGUGUGAAGUGUCACCCUGCUACAAGCCAGAGAAGAGCAGCCUGCCACCCCAGAGUCCCUUCAACCAGCCAACACAGGCUGAUCCUGACCUGUGCUCCCUUCUCUGCCUCCCCAUCAUGACUUUCAGUGGAGCUCUGCCCUAGUGCAAUUAGGAACCAGGCUGCUCUGGAAAGUGCAGUUUCUCUUGGACCCCUCUCAGGACAGCUGCUCUCCGUGGAGAACCAAAUUGUCCUGAGCUGCCUUGGGACUGCUCUGUAGGCCCUGCAUGGGCCAGGGGCAUGUGGCCAGUGAUAUCUGGCGCCUCGGAGAUCUGAUGAGGAAACCACCAGCAUUAGAGAAAGAAAAGCCUGGCUGCCUAGCCUUACAGAUUCCUCUGAGCAGAGGGAGAGGGAUGGGUGAGUAGCCCUGAAGAAAGGUCUGAGCCUUGGAGUGGCUUAGGCUGCCUUUCCAAGCCCUAGGCUGGGCCCAUCUGUGGUUUGUCCACAACUCAGGGACUCUGUCUAGAGGCCAGUCUCUCUAAGGCAUAGACUGGAGAAAGACAGGUGAGACCCUUUUUUCUGGCCUCAGGUACCAUCUCUUUAUCCUACCACAACUAUUCCGAGCACACACACACUCUCAUACUUUCUCUCUCAAGCUCCCUGGAUCCCUUGAAAAGCAGCACUAAUAUGUAGUCCAUUGCUAGGACCUGGUACGGCUUGUCUUCCAAGCCCCUUUCUGGUUCUCAGAUGCUGGGAGGCAGGACAUGCUUGGUUCCUUUCUAGCUAAAUGACCAGCGGAAGUUAGUGCAUCUCUUUGAGCCUCCGGUUCCUCAGUACUAAAAGAAAAGGGAAGUAAGUCCUCAAAGGGAGUGUCCCUGAAGAACCUUGCCCAGGGUCUGGCUCCCAGCAGCUGCCCAGGAAAGACUGAUGCCUGGCCCUCUGCUGCAGGGUGCCCUGCCUUUGCCCUUGAGGACUCUCGUGGCUUCAAGAUCGUCCUCACCCAUGCACAAGGCAGAAGCCAUGUAGGCUAAGCAGCAGUCAGGAAGGGCCUCCUAGGUAUGAAUCCUCCCCCACUUCCCUAGCAGACUGGUCUUGGUGCCCUGACUUCCUCUCAGUGAGAGGGCUGGUGCACACUGUGCAGCAGCUUCCAUCUUCACACCUUCUCUGGGCAACAGAGGGGUAGAGGACAGAGAGGUGAGUAUCUAAUGGUAGAGACAGGGUGCUCAUGCACGGCAAAGGACUGGCACAAAAUAGGCCAAGAAUCUGAAAAUUAAGCCUACCAGACUGAGGGGGCUCAAAAAGUUGACAAAAUAUGGCUAGGGCGAUAAAGUGGCAGGCUGGACCAGGACUUGGGCUAGCACAGGCAGGUAAGGAACCUUGGAAGCUUAACAAGUUGCACAGAGUCCUCCUUCCUGCCUGUUUUGCACUAAAGACUCUGGGUUCACAGGAGCCCAUGAAACUCCAGAGUGCUCGUGACUUGAGAGACUGUGGACAGAACCCCCCACCAUGUUGUCGCCCCGUCGUUCUAGCCACCUGUGUGUCCGCCAGGUUCUGGAACAGUGUCCAGUCGUGUAUUUCAGUGUACUUUAACUUGGCUGUGUGAGCGUGUUGCUGCUCUUCCAUGUGGCCAACAUGACAUGAAUCAAUGAAUGGAAUUUAAUAUUAUUAUGAAAUAAAAUUGAUUUAUUGU